GUUUAUCUCAUUAACGAGUAAAUAUUAAAAGCCAUUAUUUUAGAUAAAAGAUAAAAGAGGUGCUAAUAAUAAACGAAACAGUUUUAGACACACCGGCCUGUUUCGUGUAGGUACUUAUUGUUAUUGUGUUCACUUAAGCACCGUAAGACCGUAACAAUAAAGUUCAUCAAAGUUAGUUAGGUAGCGAAAAACAAAAGGGAAAGAAAGGAAAAAAGCAUGUUUUAAACUUUCUUCUGAUUCCUUUCCGUUGAUUGUGAUGAACUUCUUCAAUGUCAUCGUUUACGUAUUGUUGUGGAAUUUUGCGACGAUAACCUUCUCAGUUUCGUCUUCACAAGCACAGCAUCAGAAAGGUUGCUUUUUAGACAAUGACGAAAAGAAACUGUCAUGUGUACAAGUCAUAUCCUAUGAUAAUAAAACAAAUGAUUCAGUUCGGAGUUCUAAUUUUACCAAAGAAAUUGUCAGCCUAGACCUGUUCAAUAUGAGUUUCAACACCUUGCAUGAGGUUGCGUCAAACUUCUCCAAACUACGGCACCAUUUCAAGUUUAAGAUAAAGGAAUUAAAAAUUUCCAAUUCGUCAAUAGAAAACCUGGGUUACUACUUCCAUCCUAUACUGGGUUACCUCCAUAGACUUGAUCUCAGAAGAAAUAAUUUGAAAGGUUUAUCGUACUAUUUAGCUGUUAAUCUCAAUAAAAUUCACUCCAUAUACUUAUCAAACAACCCAUGGGAUUGCUCGAUGGAUUUAGAAUGGGUUCUAGCACUAAACUCGUCUUCGGUAAAAGACUUGAACGAACUGACUUGCCGUGGAGAAAAUUACCCUGGAAAACCAUUGACUGCCAUAGCAACGUUUCAGCAUGAUCUACAAGAGCAAUGUCCAGACAAAUGCGACUGUUCGUUACCGAACGUGGUUCAAGACCCAGGGACAAGAUUGCUACAGCCCAUUGUGGCACUAGACUGUUCUGAAGUUGAGUUGUCCGCUUUCCCCGAAAAUUUACCGAAUUAUACCACCAUUCUCCGAUUAGAAGGGAACGAAAUCGAAGAUCUGGCUCCCUUGAAGAAGAAUCUAGCGUACAAAACGGUCCAAGACCUUUAUUUGGACAACAACAGAAUUAAAAGCAUCAGUAUUUUGGAAGGAACUUAUUGGCUAUCGCAUUUUCGUGUCCUAUCACUUAUUGGGAACAAAUUAACCCAGCUGCCAACUUAUGCGUUAGAAAAUGCGCUGGAGCAAAAUCCGAAUAUGCCCAACGCGGUGAGAAUUUAUUUCGGGGAUAACCCGUGGAGAUGCGACUGCGCGUUUGUACCAGGAUUCCAAGACAUGCUUAGAAAAUACGAACACAUAAUUCAAGACAUUGAAGAGGUCCAAUGUUCUUACGUUGAAGGGGACGAAAACUCAUUAAACCCCGUAUGUAAUUUUACCCCUCGAUAUACUUUGCAAAAUUCUACGAUCGAUGUUCUUUUCUUUACCGAUUCUUGAACCGAUGUCUAAUAA